AUGGAAAAUCAAAGUUAUGUUACUGAGUUCAUUUUACUGGGACUUUCACAGACUCCAGAUGCUGAGAAAAUAGUGUUUGUUGUCUUUCUACUUUUGUAUAUUGCAACUCUGCUGGGAAAUUUGCUUAUUAUUUUGACGAUCACCAACACUCCCUCUCUCCUAGGUUCCCCUAUGUAUUUCUUCCUGGCCUUUUUGUCUUUCUUUGAUGCAUGUUUCUCCUCUGUUGUUACCCCGAAAGUAAUAGCAGGCUCCCUCUAUGUGAAAAACACCAUUUCCUUUGAAGGCUGCAUGAUCCAGCUCUUUGCAGCACAUUUCUUUGGUGGUUCUGAGAUGAUUGUCCUCACAUUCAUGGCCUUUGACCGAUAUGUUGCUAUUUGCAAGCCAUUGCAUUAUGUGACUAUUAUGAACAGGAAUUUGUGUAUGCUACUAGUUGUCAUGGCCUGGGUUGGAGGCUUCUUACAUUCCUUGAUCCAGGUUUUAUUCAUGGUCCAGUUGCCUUUCUGUGGACCUAAUGUGAUUGAUAACUUUAUUUGUGACUUGUACCCUUUGUUGAAACUGGCCUGCACGGACACCCAUAACCUUGGUCUUAUGGUUAUUACAAACAGUGGGCUCAUCUGUACAAUUAGUUUUUUUCUCUUGCUUGUAUCUUAUGGGAUCAUUCUACACUCUUUGAGAAAAUACAAUACUGAGGCUCGGCACAAAGCCCUUUCCACUUGUGGUUCCCACAUCACAGUUGUUGUAUUGUUUUUUGUUCCAUGCAUAUUUGAGUAUGCACGUCCUCCAUCUACUUUCCCCUUUGAUAAAACUCUGGAAGUAUUUUACACUAUUUUAAUUCCUAUGCUAAAUCCCUUUAUUUAUACUUUUAGGAACACAGAGGUCAAAAAUGCCAUGAGGAAGUUGUGGAUGAGACCUGAAAUUUCUAUUUUAAAAUAA